AUACAUGCAUGUGUGACAGAUAAGAGUACUGUAUAAUACUUUUCAGUUUAUUCAACACUGUUCGCUAAUAAUCAUAAUUUAUUACAGUGGGCUAAUUAAAAAAAAAACAUUUAACUCCAAUUUCAUUUACAGCCGAGUGAUAAACAUCCAGCAGUAUUAAUUUUCUUUAUACAUAAAUUAAAUCAAAGUCAAGAAAUGACUAUGAAUAAAAAGAAUUACAACCACUCAAGAGAAUCUCUGGAGAAAACCUUGAAACAUGAUGACCUCUGUGUAAUUGGUUAUUCCUCUAAACUGUACAGAGAUGAUGUUAAAGCCGUUGAAAUAGACAAAGGACAGCACCUAAUUCCCUGGGUGGGAAAUGGUGAUGUGAAAAUUGACAGGUACGACGUUAGAAGUUACGUUGACAACCUAUCUCAUCGUGAAACAGGACACAUGGGCUGCACUCUUUCAGUGGAGGACCAAGAAAUAGAAGAAAUGUGUGAUGAAGAACGGUACAGAGCUUUGCUUUACGAUGAACAAGAGCGAGAAUUAUAUGAAGAGGAGAAACAAAAACGAUCAAAUCAAUCCUUUAAUAAAGCUGGUGUUUACAGUCAAGUCCCUUAUCAUUACGAUAGUUUGUGUUCUAUUUCUGACACUGACAAAGACACAAAGUUAAGAAAGACUAACUCUAUUCUUAAUUUACCAUCAAACAUCGUCGAACCAGAUUCAGAUAGUAUGAAGGCAAUUAUUGAGAAAACCGCAGAAUGUGUGGUAAAACAUGGACAGCAGAUGGAAAUUCUGAUAAAAACUCGGCAAGCCCAGAAUGAAAUUUUUGAUUUUUUAACUGUUGGAAAUGAUUUAAAUCCUUAUUACAAAUAUGUUCUUGAAGCUAUUAAAUCCGGACGUUACAACGUGGAAACAUCCAAGUUGGACGACAGUAUUGAUAGCGAUCACAUCAGUAGCUUAUCAUUUAAUGUUGAGUCUGCUCCUGAUGUAUUUGAUGCUAAUUCUUGUGUAAUAAAUGCGAACUGUCCUUAUAGCACACUUGUGAACAAAAUACACCUACUUAAGAAGAACGAAGGUCAAAGUAAUUUUAAAAUUGAAAUUUCCAAGGUCAAAAAUAAACCUUAAAGUGGCAGCACUAAUGGUUAAACUGUUUGGAAAACUUUAGUGGCAGUAUGUGCAAUUAGUUUUUAUCUAUUUGCAGUACAGAAUAUAUUCAUUUACCAACAUUCCAUUGUAAAUCAUAAUGUAAAAAAACAAUGUAUUCAGUUAUACAACUAUGAAAUCAAAUUUCCUAGAACAGGGACAAGUAAGGUACUUCUAGGUUCAAAGCUAGUAAUUUUUAUUUACACUUGCAACACAAUGAUAGCAUUUUACAGUUAACUUGUGUUAUUAUAUUAUAAUAAAGUGGUUUAAAUUUU